AAAAAAAAAACUAUCAUACAACCAUGUCUCUUAAGGACGCUUCAAUUGGGCAACAAAUUGCUAUUGCUGGUGCAGCUGUGUCUUCUAUCAUGACGCUUUUAAUGAUAAAAUAUCAUGAUAGACCAUUAUUCUAUGAACACAUGGAAGGUGUUCCUCAUCAGAAAGGAUACCCGUUAUUAGGCAACCUCCUAGAGUUUACGAAAAACGUACCGCGACUCUAUGACUAUCAAUUGGAUAUACAUGAGAAAUUGGAUAGCUUGACUCUGACAAUGCCAUCAGCCGGUAUGCCUCGACAAAUAUUUACGAUUGAUCCCCAAAAUGUGGAAUAUAUCUUAAAGACAAAUUUUUCAAAUUACCUCAAAGGCCCCUACUUUGACAAGAACUUACAUGAACUACUGGGCCACGGCAUCUUCAAUGCGAAUGGAGAACAGUGGAAGUGGCAACGAAAGACAGCGAGCCAUGUAUUCAACAUAAAGAACUUUAGAGAUCAAUUUACAGAUGUCUUUGUAAAAGAGAUGCAUCUCAUGUGCGAUCAUAUCUUGGAUAAUGCUGUCAAGACAGGUGGAAUCAUUGACUUUCAUGAUAUUAUGUUCAAAUUUACAUUGGAUUCUUUUGUAUACCUGGGAUUUGGUGUACAGUUGAACUCACUUUUAAAAGAAGGCAAGGUAGAAUUUGCUGAAUCCUUUGAUUUUCUUCAAAGAAGGGGCGCCGAACGAUUCAUCGACCCUAUGAUGGGGGUCAAGGAAACAAUUUUUCAUUUCUUUAGCCGUAAAGAGAACACUACUAGUUACAACCUUAAAAUUAUAAACACAUUCGCUCAACAAGUAAUUGAUAAACGUCGAAAGGAAAUUGCGGCGAAUGAAGCCGACCCAAAGGACUUGCUUUCUCGAUUCAUGAACGCAACAAACGAAAAAGGAGAGCUAUUAAACGAUAAGGAGCUUCGUGACACUGUUCUUAACUUUAUUAUUGCUGGUCGCGAUACAACAGCACAAGCGCUAUCAUGGUUGUUUUAUAAUAUUAGUCUACAGCCUCGUGUAGAAAAGAAAAUGACUGAAGAGAUUGAAAAGCAUAUUACGGACGAACUAGAAAAUGAUUCGCCUGCUCUUUAUCAAGCCAUUAGUGAAAUGCCUUAUCUCCAUGCAGUGUUCUUUGAAACACUCCGUUUGUAUCCCUCGGUUCCUAGUAACCAAAAAUAUGCACUUAAGGAUGACAUAUGGCCUGAUGGAACACAUGUCAAGGCAGGAACUUAUGUUGCCUGGAGCUCAUAUGCUCAAGGAAGAAGCAUAAAAGUUUGGGGUGAGGACGUCAAGGAAUUCCAUCCUGAACGAUGGUUGGAUGAAAAUGGUAAUCUCAAGAGAGAAUCUGCUGGUAAAUGGCCGGCGUUUCAUGCCGGCCCUCGUAUCUGUCUGGGACAAAAUCUGGCUACGCUUGAAGCCCUCGUUUGUGUAUCCAUGCUGCUUCGACGCUACAAGUUUACUUUAGUGCCUAACCAUACAGUGACAUAUGAUAUCUCAUUAACCCUGCCAAUGAAAUAUGGAAUGAAGAUGUUCGUCGAAAAGCGCCAUAAAGCUUAACUUCAUAAUUAAAACAUCCUUAACACCCUA